AUGUCUGACGGUGAGUUGAAGGCAAAAUUGAUAUCAAUCAAGUCGGAGUGCAAUAUACUAACAAUUGUUUCAAAAGAGUACGAUGUUGAUCCAUAUGCAUUGGAAACAGAGGAUAUCACUUCAGAAGAUUGUUGGACAGUGAUUUCCUCUUUUUUCAGAGAAAAAGGGUUAGUUUCUCAACAAUUGGAUUCAUUUGAUGAAUUUAUAAAUACUUCUAUCCAGGAAUUAGUAUGGGAAGAUUCAACUUUGAUCCUUGAGCAACCAGCUCAACAUAUUACAGAAGAUGAUAAUAUAAAUAGAAAAUAUGAAAUUAAAUUUGGUAAAAUUUUCCUUUCAAGACCAACAAUGACUGAAUCUGAUGGUACAACUCAACAAAUGUUCCCUCAAGAAGCUAGACUACGUAAUUUAACUUAUGCAGCUCCAUUAUUUGUGGAAAUGGAUAAAAUCACUUAUGAAACUAUAGAUGGGACUAAUGAUUGGACCGUGAUAAAAGAUGAAGUUGAAGAUGAAUUAGAUGAUGAUGGGAAUGAUAAUAAAAAAGUUUAUAUUGGUCGUGUUCCAAUUAUGUUAAAAUCUAAAUAUUGUUUAUUAAGAGACUUGGAAGAAGAAGAAAUGUAUUCAUUAAAAGAAUGUCCUUAUGAUAUGGGUGGUUAUUUUGUUAUUAAUGGUUCUGAAAAAGUCUUGAUUGCUCAAGAACGUUCUGCUGCAAAUAUUGUUCAAGUUUUCAAAAAAUCUGCUCCAUCACCUGUGUCUCAUGUUGCUGAAAUUCGUUCUGCUUUGGAAAAAGGUUCAAGAUUAAUUAGUUCUAUGCAAAUUAAAUUAUAUGGUCGUGAUGAUAAAGGUUCAGGUAGAACUAUUAAAGCUACAUUACCUUAUAUCAAACAAGAUAUUCCAAUUGUUAUUGUAUUUAGAGCUUUAGGUAUUGUACCAGAUGGUGAUAUCUUGGAACAUAUUUGUUAUGAUCAAAAUGAUUGGCAAAUGUUUGAAAUGUUAAAACCUUGUGUUGAAGAAGGUUUUGUUAUUCAAGAUCGUGAAGUUGCAUUAGAUUUUAUUGGUCGUCGUGGUAAUGCCUUGGGGAUUAGAAGAGAAAAACGUAUUCAAUAUGCUAAAGAUAUUUUACAAAAGGAAUUUUUACCUCAUAUUACUCAACAAGAAGGUUUUGAAUCAAGAAAGGCAUUUUUCUUGGGUUAUAUGGUUAAUAGAUUAUUAUUAUGUGCAUUAGAAAGAAAACCUCAAGAUGAUCGUGAUCAUUUUGGUAAAAAAAGAUUAGAUUUGGCAGGUCCUUUAUUAGCUAAUCUUUUCAGAAUUUUAUUUAAAAAAUUAACAAGAGAUAUUUAUCGUUAUAUGCAAAGAUCAGUCGAAACUGAUACUGAUUUUAAUUUAAAAUUAGCUGUCAAGGCAACUACAAUCACUUCAGGUUUAAAAUAUUCUUUAGCUACUGGUAAUUGGGGUGAACAAAAAAAGGCAAUGAGUUCAAGAGCUGGUGUUUCACAAGUCUUGAAUCGUUAUACUUAUUCAUCAACUUUAUCACAUUUAAGAAGAACUAAUACUCCAAUUGGUCGUGAUGGUAAAUUAGCAAAACCUCGUCAAUUACAUAAUACCCAUUGGGGUCUUGUUUGUCCUGCUGAAACUCCAGAAGGUCAAGCUUGUGGUUUAGUUAAAAAUUUAUCAUUAAUGUCUUGUAUUUCUGUUGGUUCAGGUUCUGAUCCAAUUAUUUAUUUCUUGGAAGAAUGGGGUAUGGAACCUUUAGAAGAUUAUUUACCUCACCAAGCUCCAGAUGCUACAAGAAUUUUCGUUAAUGGUGUUUGGCAUGGUAUUCAUAGAGAUCCUGCUAAAUUAAUUUCUACAAUGAGAAAUUUAAGAAGAAGAGGUGAAAUUUCUCCAGAAGUUUCUAUUAUUAGAGAUAUUCGUGAAAAAGAAUUUAAAGUUUUCACAGAUGCUGGUAGAGUUUAUAGACCAUUAUUUGUUGUUGAAGAUAAUGAAGAAACUGGUGCUAAAGAAUUAGCUUUGAAAAGAGAACAUGUUCAAAAAAUUGUUGAUACAGAAUAUGGUGAUUAUGAAGAAAUGGAAGAAGAACCAUUUGUUUGGAAUUCAUUAGUUACAAAUGGUAUUGUGGAAUAUGUUGAUGCUGAAGAAGAAGAAACUAUAAUGAUUGCAAUGUCACCAGAAGAUUUAAACCCAGAAAAAUAUGGUACACAAAAUUAUGAUGAUCCAGAUCCAAAUAAAAGAUUAAAACCAGGUACAAAUAAACAUGCUCAAACUUUUACACAUUGUGAAAUUCAUCCUUCAAUGAUUUUAGGUGUUGCAGCUUCAAUUAUUCCAUUCCCAGAUCAUAAUCAAUCUCCUCGUAAUACUUAUCAAUCAGCUAUGGGUAAACAAGCUAUGGGUGUUUUCUUAACAAAUUAUAGUGUUCGUAUGGAUACUAUGGCAAAUAUCUUGUAUUAUCCACAAAAACCUCUUGCUACAACAAGAGCUAUGGAACAUUUGAAAUUUAGAGAAUUACCAGCUGGACAAAAUGCUAUAGUGGCUAUUGCAUGUUAUUCAGGUUAUAAUCAAGAAGAUUCUAUGAUUAUGAAUCAAUCAAGUAUAGAUCGAGGAUUAUUUAGAUCUUUAUUUUUCAGAUCUUAUAUGGAUCAAGAAAAAAGAGUUGGUAUGACCGUGGUGGAACAAUUUGAAAAACCAAAUCGUAGUAAUACUUUAAGAUUAAAACACGGUACAUAUGAAAAAUUAGAUGAUGAUGGAUUAAUUGCACCAGGUGUUAGAGUUUCAGGUGAAGAUAUUAUUAUUGGUAAAACUACACCAAUUCAAGCAGAUUCUGAAGAAUUAGGUCAAAGAACUGUGUAUCAUAGUAAACGUGAUGCUUCAACUCCAUUAAGAUCAACAGAAAAUGGUAUUGUUGAUCAAGUUUUAAUAACAACAAAUCAAGAAGGUUUAAAAUUCGUUAAAGUUCGUAUGAGAACUACAAAAGUUCCACAAAUUGGUGAUAAAUUUGCCUCACGUCAUGGUCAAAAAGGUACUAUUGGUAUUACAUAUCGUCGUGAAGAUAUGCCUUUCACAAGAGAAGGUAUUGUCCCAGAUUUAAUUAUUAAUCCUCAUGCUAUUCCAUCACGUAUGACUGUUGCACAUUUAAUUGAAUGUUUAUUAUCAAAAGUUUCUGCACUUUCAGGGUUAGAAGGUGAUGCUUCACCAUUUACAGAUGUUACAGUUGAUGCAAUUUCUAAAUUAUUAAGAGAACAUGGUUAUCAAUCAAGAGGUUUUGAAGUUAUGUAUAAUGGUCAUACAGGUAAAAAAUUAAUGGCCCAAAUUUUCUUUGGUCCAACUUAUUAUCAAAGAUUAAGACAUAUGGUUGAUGAUAAAAUUCAUGCAAGAGCAAGAGGUCCAGUUCAAAUUUUAACAAGACAACCAGUUGAAGGUCGUUCAAGAGAUGGUGGGUUACGUUUUGGUGAAAUGGAACGUGAUUGUAUGAUUGCACAUGGUGCAGCAGCUUUUAUGAAGGAAAGAUUGAUGGAAGCUUCAGAUGCUUUUAGAGUUCAUGUUUGUGGUGUUUGUGGGUUAAUGUCUGUUAUUGCUAAAUUAAAACAUAAUCAAUUUGAAUGUCGUGGUUGUAAGAAUAAGAUUGAUAUUUAUCAAAUUCAUAUUCCUUAUGCUGCUAAAUUAUUAUUCCAAGAAUUAAUGGCUAUGAAUAUUGCUCCACGUUUAUAUACUGAUCGUUCAGUUGAUUUUUGA